ACAAGCAUUUGUUUGUACCAACCUCUUGUGUCUGGUUCUUCAGGAACUCUCUGUAUCUUGUUGAGACCACCAGAGAAUAAGCAGAUAACAUGGGGAAGAAACUUGAUUACCUUCUUGGAAGAUCCUUCAAAAUCUCCAAACUCAAAACCCUUGUUAAUCUUGCCAUUUCUCGGCUUGCCGUCCUUAAGAACCAGCGCCAGGUUCGAUGCUCCCAUGCCCGGACUGAUGUCAUUCAGCUCCUCAACCUUGGUCACCAAGAACCUGCUCUUCUUCGCGUUGAGUAUGUGAUCAAGGAGCAGAACAUGUUGGAUGUAUUUUUGAUGAUAGAAGCUUACUGCCAUCUGCUGAUCGAAAGGAUCGCGCUCUUUCAAAACAAGGAGUGUCCUGAUGAGCUCAAGGAGGCCGUAUCAAGCUUGAUCUUUGCAACUUCAAGAUGUGGAGGGUUCCCGGAGCUCCAACAGAUUCGUGAGAUGUUUGUGUUGAGAUUUGGCAAAGAAUUUGCUGCUCGCGCUGCUGAACUACGAAACAACUGUGGGGUGAAUCUUAAGAUGAUACAGAGGCUUUCAACCAGACAAGCAAGCUUGGAAAGUAGGUUGAAGGUGCUAACAGAAAUUGCUUCUGAAAAUGGAAUCACUCUGUUUCUUGAGGAAGAUGCUGCCCUGAGCACCGAGGAGAAACAAGAUGUCAACCAGAAGCAGAAGCGGAAGCAGCUUGAGUCUAAUGAAUCAGCUAACUUAGACAAUCCUGAACUCAAAGAUGACAAUAAUGAUUUCCCAGAACUGAUGAACUGUGGAGAGACACUUUCUGAAUCAGUGAAAGCACGGAAGUAUAGAGAUGUGGCAUCUGCAGCUCAAGAUGCUUUUAAAUCAGCAGCUUAUGCUGCAGCAGCUGCAAGGGCUGCUGUUGAACUCUCUCAGGCCGAAUCAUGGGACCAAGAUCCUGAUUAUUAUAGCGGUUCAAAGCACCAACGAAGAAUCAUGUCAUCUUCUGAUGGGUCCUCAACAUCUAAACUUCAGGUUGAUACGAAUGCUUUCUUGCAGGAUAUCAAGAAAUCAAAUGAUGGAUUGGGUUUUGGCAUGAUCCAUCCUACUGACAAUUUGAAUUCUGAAUCAGAACGUGAUGAGAUGGAAGACAACCUCGAUAGAAGUCAUCUCCAAGAAAUGAAAGAGUGUGAGAGGAAAGCAGGAAUGGGAAGGACAUUAUCUGGUUCAAGUUCAGAUUCAGACGGGGGCAAUUUGCAUGGGAGCCAAAUGUCUUUGAAUAUACCAGACUGGAAUGAGCAGUCGGUUAAGGGAAUAGCAUUUGAUGGAAAUGAUAAUCAGUCUAAGAAGCCACAGGUCGAUACCUGGUUGAAGCACCAUGAUUUGGGUUCUGGCAAGAAGUUUAGCUUCCCUAAAAACGAAUUAUCAAAGGGCAGACAGUUCAAUGCAGUAGCAGAUGAAGAUUUUUCAGAUGAGGAUGGAAAUAACCUCUGUUAUAAAUCUCCAACAAGAAUUUUACUAAAAUCUCAAGCUGAUUCCCCUGCAUAUUCUGGGGAAGGAAGAUCUAAAUUUGAAAGUACAUACAGCUCAAGCUCUGCAGAUGAAUCACAUUCAAAACAUUCACACAUAGGCAGGAAGCCUGCUUCAUUGAGGACUAGACGCAUACGUAGAGACUGAGCAGUAUCUGAGUGAACUGAGGAGAUUUUGUUUCAAAAGUUGUUCAAUACUCAGUAAUUGCAUACCCAUUUUCUUCAUUUCAUUAUCCCAAAUAAUUUGCAGCCAUAUAUCUUGCACACUGAUUCAGAGUAAGAAUAAAGAUUUUUUUGAGCAGU